AUGGCCUUGUCUUCCUUAGAUGUUUUUCACAUGACCAUCAUGUCAGCAGGAUUCUUUGCAGGAAUUACUGUAAAUGCAUUUCUUUUAAUUGUGAACUGUAAUGACUUCAUCAAAAUCAGAAAGCUAGCACCAGUGCAAAUCCUCCUAAUAUGUAUAGCAUUAUCUAGACUGGUCCUGCAGAUUAUAUUAAUGAUGCACAGUGUGGUCUCUGUAUUCUUUCCAUGCAAUUAUGAAGAAUUUAUAUAUAGUGUAAAAAUGAUAUUCGUUUGGAUGCUUUUCAGCUCCAUCAGUUUCUAGUUCACUACUUGCCUUUCUGUAUUUUAUUGCCUCAAGAUUUCAGUCUUCACCCAGUCCUGUUUUCUUUGGUUGAAAUUUAGAAUUUCAAAGCUCAUAUGCUGGCUGCUUCUGGGAAGUGUGCUAGCAUCAUUGAGCACUGCAUCUGUAUGUAUUGGACUAAGAGUCCCUAUUGCUAUCUUCAGAAAUGACACACAGGAGAGGAUGACAGUCAACAUACUGGACACUUAUGGAUUUCUUCUUCCUAACUUGACAUUAAUAUUUCCUCUAGCCAUAUUUGUGAUCUGCACUUCUAUGUUAUUCAUCUCCCUUUAUAAACACACACAUCGGAUGCAAAAUGGACCUCAUUGUUCUUCAAAUCCCAAGAAAGAAGCCCAUAUAAAUGCAUUAAAAACAGUGGUAUCAUUCUUUUGCUUCUUUGUUUCUUAUUUUGCUGCCUUCAUGGCAAAUAUGACAUUCAGAGUUCCUUACAGAACUGCUCAGUUCUUUGUGAUGAAGGAAAUAAUGGCAGCAUUUCCCGCUGGCCAUUCAAUUAUAAUAAUCUUGAGUAAUUCUAAGUUCCAACAAUCAUUUAGGAGAAUUCUAUGCCUGGAAAAGAAACAAUGA